AUGAUUACAUUACCGAAGACGCCUUUGUCCAGCCGCGAUGCUGCUAGAAGUGGUGGGAACUUUGGCCAAGUAGUGAAGGGCGUCUACCGGACCCCACACGGUCAGGAGGUACCCGUCGCUGUGAAGACCCUGAAGGAAUCACAGAUCGCGUCUACAGGCGAGCAAAGUAUCCUUUCGGAGGCAAAGAUGAUGACCCAACUGAAACACAGGCAUAUUGUCCGUCUGAUUGGUGUUUGCAAAGCGCAACGCUUUAUGUUGGUUCUGGAGCUGGCUCCCCUUGGUCCCAUCAACAAAUUCCUCAAGAAGCAUCCGUAA